AUGUCUCUAGUGCGUUCUCUAACAGAGCGCCGCUCCAUAUGUCUCCAAUCUGUUUCGUCUCUUCUGCGCACUGAAGUGACGCCUAGCGAAUACACGCAACGAAGGUCACGUGAGUGUGCAGCGCACCAGUCAUCCACGUUGAACGCUCAAAGGGCGUGCUCACGGCACGCGCCUGCCUGGCAGCUGGUCGCGGGCUUCCAGCAGUCGUGCAGAUCGCUUGAGAGGUCCGCUGAAUACGAUGCGAAAUCACUCAGAUAUCCAGCGACAGGCACAACAGGACAAAUCAUGUCCAUGCGACAGCGAUCUUUUGGGGUGCAGUCACGGAGCCUGGGAGUGACCGUUGGUCCGGCCUCAUCGCUGCCGCUCGAGUCGGAGGAGUCCGGAUCUGGCACCAGCAAGCGCUCCAGUGGACCAGCUACUGAGGAGCGUGCCGCUGUCGCAGCAGCACUCGCAUCGAGUGCUUCAGAAGCGAACGAAGUUGCCUCGUCUGCCAAGAUAUCUGGACUGCUACCACCGCCGCCUUCUGCUGAAACUCGCUUGGAGUCAGCUCCGCCCCUGAACCUGUUCGACGUGGAGGCGACAUACGGCACAACGCCAACGCGUGAUCUCAUUCGAUCGCUUUUUGUUCUCCGCACCGCUCAAAUGGGAUGGCUGGUGCGCUACGCACCGACACUUUAUCGCUGGACACAGCGCGUGCCAUUGUUGCGAGAAUCAACAAACCUAUUCAUUAAGUACACAUUUUUCCGGCAUUUCUGUGGCGGCGAGACGCUUUCCGAAUGCCGCGAGUACGUUGAAAAAUUGCGUGCUCGUGGCGUCGGCUCUAUUCUCGACUAUUCGGCAGAGGGCGAAGCGGCGCCAAUGAACGCGGCCGCAGUCGGGCGUCGCCGCGGAGAUGGUCUGCUCCUGGAGGAAUCGGAUAUCUCUCCUGAUGAGGUACGUUACGACGGCGCCGCAAAUGUGCUCAUGACGACGGUGCAAUGGGCUGGCAACGAGGCCAGACACUGCGACACGAUCAGCUGUCUCAAGGUAUCAGCGCUUGCUCGGUUCGAGUUGCUGGAAAGGAUCAGCGAGGCAUUAGCUAUUCGUUUUGGGAAUCUGACGACGACCCACGAUGGCACGCCAUUCCUGCUAUUAGGUCACUUUGAUGCAAAUGGCCUCGUUCGAGCGAUAGCUGACUCUUACGAAUUCGACGAGUCGGAAAUUGGCAUGGCAGGUGCUGUCGGCAUGGCAGCGUCGGGCUCUGGAGCUGCUGUGGAUCACGAGCCCAAGCAGCCGUCGGAUUCGAUUUUGGACCACGUGUCACUGCAUCUUUUCAAUGAGUAUUUGUCGCCUGCGGAGCGCCUCGAAUUCGCGCGGGUACUCUGUCGCCUCGAUGCGGUGUGUUCUGAGGCAAGGCGCUAUCGAGUCCCGAUGCUGAUCGAUGCAGAGCAGUACUCCAUUCAGACUGCGAUUGAUUUCUGUGCGGGACUGAUGAUGUUGCGACACAAUCGCUCGUUUGAGUCCGACCAGGAAACACCAGCAAUUAUGUACUCCACUGUACAGUCGUAUCUGAAAGAUUCACCGGAACGCCUCAAGGCCUACCGCGAGCUUGCGAGUCGUUUCCGUUUCCGCUACGGUGUCAAGCAGGUGCGUGGUGCCUACAUGGCCUCAGAGCGUCGACGCGCUGCUGCGGCGGGUCGCCCAGACCUAUCACCCAUCCACGACACGAUCGAGGAUACACACGCGAGCUACAAUGCUGGACUGAGUGCGCUCAUCGACGAGGUGCGGGCUGGCCACGCGGCGGCUCUAUUUGCCACGCACAACGUGGAGUCGCUCCAGCGAGCAGUGGAGCUUGUUGGCUCCGACUCUUUACUGCGCCGAAACGCGGCGUUACGUUUCGCUCAGCUCUACGGGAUGGGUGAUUCGCUAACUUUCGGCCUUGCCAGGGCAGGCUUCAGAGCCUGCAAAUACGUUCCAUUCGGGCGCGUCGAUGAGGUGAUGCCGUACCUGUUACGACGGCUGGAGGAGAAUCACAGCGCGUUGGGAACGGCACCACGAGAUAUCUCGCACUUCUUGGCCGAACUGCGGCGUAGAGACCUCCGUGUGCCUUUAUGA